AUGUCGAAUUCUCUGAUAUUACAACCAUGUUUUAGUCAAACGGAAACAUUAAUUGAAUCACCAGAUGUUCCAAUAUCAACUGAUGCAUCGAUUUCAGACAAUAUUAGUUAUCCUAUUGUAACACAAUCGGAUGAUCUUGCAAGUUCAAUAACAUCUCAUGCAGAUGAAAAUAAUGAAAAUGAAGCUAUUGCACCACUUGUUGCUUCGUUUACCGGUGAUCCAAAUGAACAUCAAACAACAAAUACUGAAACAUUAAUGCAUUUACUUAAAGGCAAUGUAGGUGCUGGUAUUCUUGCAUUUCCUUAUGCAUUAUCAAAAGCUGGAUUAAUUUUUGGUCCUAUCGCUUUUUGGAUGAUGGGUGCAAUGACACUUUAUUGUAUGCAUCAAUUACUUCGAUGUCAUGAAUACUAUCGACAUCGUACAUCAAGAUCUAAAUGUGAUUUUGGUGAUAUUAUGCGAUAUACAUUAGAAACAUGUCGUUGGCGAUUUGCUCAACGUCAUUCAAAAUUAGGAAAAUUUGUUAUUGAUGGUUUUAUCGUUUUAAUUCAACUUGGUUUUUGUUCUGUCUAUUUUGUUUUUGUACCAGCAAGUGUAAAACAAGUUGUUGAUUUUUAUUCAACACGUAGUCCAGUAAUACAAAUUUAUCAAUUAAUUAUGCUUGUACUUAUUAUUGGAUUUUCAAUGAUAAGAAGUUUAAAAGUUCUUGCACCAUUUUCACUUGCUGCUAAUAUAAUUACUAUUGGAGGAUUAUGCAUUAUUAUGCAGUAUGUUGUACGUUCACAUAUACCACUUAAUGAAUUACCAUUAAUCACAAAAGCAUCAGAUUGGCCGGUAUUCUUUGCAUCGGCGAUGUAUGUGUUCGAAGGAAUUGCUUUAGUUUUACCAGUUCGACAAAAAAUGAAAGAACCUGAAGCUUAUAAUGGUUGGAAUGGAGUAUUAAAUACAGGAAUGUAUCUUGUAACAAUAGUAUAUUUUUUUGUUGGAUUUUAUGGAUAUAUUCGAUAUGGUUCAAGUGCACGUGGUGCCAUUACUUUAAAUUUACCAAUUAAUAAUAAAUUAUAUCAAUUUACAAAAAUCAUGUAUGCUAUAGCAAUAUUUUUAACAUAUAAUCUUCAGUUUUAUGUGCCAUUUACACUUCUUUGGCCACGUAUUUCUCGUAAAAUUGUUUAUAAAUAUAAUAAUAGAACACAAGCAAAAUUUGAACAUGCUUUUCGAAUUGGACUUAUUAUUAUAACUUUUGGUAUUGCUGCAUUAAUUCCAAAUCUUGGUCUAGUCAUUUCAUUAGUCGGUGCUAUAGCAUCAGCAGCACUUUCAGUUAUAUUUCCUCCUAUAUGUGAAACAAUAACAUUUUGGCCAAAUAAUCUUGGUCGAUUUAAAUGGCAAUUAAUAUUAAAUCUAUUCAUAAUAACAUUCGGUUUUUAUGUAUUUAUCGCUGGUACAUCAGUUAGUAUAUCAAAUAUAGUUGCCUGCAUUCGUGAAGGUACCCGUUGUGAUGAUUAA